AUGGAGGAGUCUUCUUACACCGGUCUUCCCACUAGCCACUUGCUCGGUUCAGUUCCUGCUGUCAUUACCGAAGAAAAUAAUACCAAUAAACAUGUGGCCACUGAUGCGAGUAUGCAAGUAUUCCCUCCCAACAACGGAGGAGGCAGAGGACCCGGUUACCAAACUCUUGGCAGUCCUGCUGAAGUUUUUGAACAACAGCCAGCAAACAAUUGGAGGGGAGUCUUUAGCAUCUCAUCUUAUUCACAGUAUUUCAAUGUGGACACGGAUGUUGUCUUAAUCAGAUUGAUAAGUUCCUUGAAUCCAGUUGCUGGAGACUUUUUCAGCAAGAUAGAUGCUAACCCUGAUUUAUAUGGGCUUAUAUGGAUCUCAACAACAUUGGUAUUUGUGCUUGCCUCACUUGGAAAUCUGGCCACGUACCUUAUGCAAAAACAUGCUGAUAACAGUAGCUCUUGGACCUUUGAUGUCAGCUAUAUGAACGUGGCUGCUUGCUCCAUCUAUGGCUAUGCAAUUGUGGUCCCUUUGGCAUACUAUUUCUUCCUUCAGUAUAUGGGUUCAAAUGCAAGCCUUAUUAGAUUUUGGUGUAUGUGGGGGUAUUCUCUCACCAUUUUCAUCAUCUCUUCGUUCCUGUUGAUAAUUCCUGUUGAGUUUCUUCGGUGGGUUAUAAUACUCCUUACGGGCGUUGCCUCGGCAAGCUUUGUUGCUUUAAACCUGAGGUCUUAUAUGGAAGGCAAUGAGCUGUCAGUGGCGAUUAUUGCAGCAUUUUCAUUGCAAAUAGCUUUGGCAAUCUUCAUCAAGGUUUGGUUCUUUCCCUAG